AAAAGAAAAGCCCUAGUUCCUGUACGACUGCAUGCUAAUUGCAUUUUCGGAUGAACUUCCUUCCUCCGGAAAGUUUUUUCUUCUUACUAAAUAUGCCCCUCCACUUGUCUGAAAUGACACCAACCUUUGUUUGCUGAUCCCCCUAAAAUUUCAGUGCCUCCAUUGCCAGAUGCUGAGAGAUUCUUCAAAACAGGGAAAAGAAGCUGCUAAUGUUAAAAGCUCUUUGACGAGGUCCUACUCUUCAAUAACUGUUUGUUUCACCGUUCUCGCAAUCGAGCUCAAGGAAGAUAGAUGGAUGGGAAUGGUGAUGAUCUAUACAGCCCUCAUGAAGACGGUAUGGAAAAUGGCCUUCAAACAUCAAAUAAGUUGGACUUGAACCUGGAGCAAGAAUCUCGUAGCCCAAAAGUUGCUAGUGUUGAUGCAAUGCAGUCAAGUUUUUCAUCAAAAGAUGAAGCUGGUAUAGAUGGAGUCCUAAAAAUUGGUAUGGAUUUUGAAUCGGAUGAACAUGCAUACCGUUUUUACAACAAAUAUGCUGGAUUGAUAGGCUUUAGUGUUCGAAAAGACUGGGUAAAUAGAAGUAAGGUACAUGGUCAGGUGGUAUCAAGAAAGUUCACAUGUUCCAAAGAAGGUUACCGGCGUAAAGACAAACGAGAUGUUAAUGUGAAGAAACAUCGAAAGGAAACAAGAACCGGUUGCUUGGCACAUAUGAUCAUCACUCGUCAACCUGACAGCAAAUAUCGAAUAACUCAUUUUGAAGCAAAACAUAAUCAUGAGUUUAUGAAGCCCAGUAAUGCUUUGCCAUCACAAAAUAAUUUAAUUCUUGCUCAAGGUGUUGAAGUUGACUCCACAAAUAAUUGUGGAAGGCAAUCAAAGUUGACUUUUGAAAUGAUGGGUAGACGAUUUGGAGAUUUGGAGAAUCUUUAUUGUCCUUCCAUAGAUCAUGAAAGUAAUCUGCAAUCUGAGCGGACAAGAGACAUAAAGCAAGGAGAAGCAGGAUGCUUGCUGCAUUAUUUUCAAAGGCAGCACUUUGAAAAUCCAUUGUUCUUUUAUGCUACUCAACUUGACGUAGAUGAUAAGGUAACCAACGUAUUUUGGGCUGAUGAUAAUAUGGUAGGGGACUAUGAUCAUUUUGGUGAUGUUGUUUGUGUGGACACAAGUUGCAGAUCUAACAAAGAUUUUCGGCCAUUUGUACAGUUUGUAGGAGUGAAUCACCAUAAAGAAGUAGUGAUAUUUGGUGCUGCUCUUUUGUAUGAUGAAACAGUUGAAUCUCUUAAGUGGCUAUUUCGAACUUUCGUUGAGGCAAUGUCUGGAAAGAAGCCAAAGGCUAUUCUAACUGAUCAAGAUGCAGCAAUAGUUGAGGCAAUUGCUUCAGUGUUACCAGAAACAGACCACCGUGUUUGUGUAUGGCAAAUGUAUCAGAAUGCUCUUAAACACCUGAGUCAUGUGGUGAAGGAUAUUACUUCUUUUGCUAAAGAUUUUAGGAGUUGCAUUUAUGAUCAUGAGGAUGAGGAGGAUUUUGUCCAUGCCUGGGAAGCGAUGUUGGACAAAUUUGGCCUUCAGCAAAAUGAGUGGUUAAGAUGGAUGUUUAGAGAGAGAGAGAAGUGGGGUGUGGUAUAUGGCAGAAAUACAUUUUUUGUUAAUGUAGAAGGUAUGCAUCUUGUUGAGAGUUUAUCUAAUAACUUGAGAGAUUAUCUAAAAUCUGACAUAGAUAUGCUAGAAUUUUUCAAGCAGUUCGAAAGAGCGGUUGAUGAGCAACGCUGCAAAGAAUUAGAAGCUAGCUUUGACAUGAGCAGAUGUAUGCCUAAAUUAAUGGCAAAUGUGGUUUUGUUAAAACAUGCAAGUGAUUUUUACACGCCAAAGGCAUUUGAAGUAUUUCAGAAAGAAUAUGAGAGGUGUUUGAAUGUUGUUGUUAACAAGUGCAAUGAGAAUAGUUUGUCAUUCGAGUAUAAAGCUAACAAAUUUGGGAAAUCUCGAGAACAAGUUGUUAUAUUUAAUUCUUCAGAUAAUACGGUUUCUUGUAAUUGUAUGAAGUUUGAGUCUGUUGGGGUUCUUUGUAGCCAUGCUCUAAAAGUGCUUGAUCAUAGGAAUAUAAAGGUGAUCCCAUCCCAAUACAUAUUAAAGAGAUGGAUGAAAGAUGCAAGGGUUGAAAGUGCAAGAGAUUCUAGUGGGUGCACCGUCCAAGAAAACCAUAAGUUGGUUGCUACAAGACGUUACAAAAAUUUGUGCCACAGCAUACUUAAAAUAUCAGCCAGGGCUUCUCAAUCAGAGCAGGCAUUUCAAUUUGCUAUGACGAGACUUGAUGAACUGAUUUGUGGGGUGGAAAAAAUCUUGAAUAUGGAACCGUCUGAAGAAGCCCAAGCCAUCACUUCAAGUAGCACAGGUGCAAAUGCUUAUGAAAGUGAACAUGGAGAGAUUUUUCUGGAUAGAAAUGCAAUUGAAGCUCAAGAGGACACCCACCAGGUGACAGAAGCAAGAGAAAAGGAGCUUGUUGUCCCUCAUAAAGGUCAACCAAGAAACUGUACUGAAAAAAGAUCCAAGAUAAAAGGAUUUCAGGAUGUACAACCACCUGCUUCAAAUACCUCUGUUUCAUGUUCCCCACCCACUUCAUGUUCCCCACCAGCAUACAUUCCAUCUGAGACGCCAACACCAAAUUCUGUUACACAGGAUCUAUUCAAUUUUGAAGCAAAUCAGGUUGUUCAGUGCAUGUUCCAACCACCUAAUCUAGUCAUGGACCAACAUUCCCAUCCUAACAUGUAUUCAUCUCCAGAUAUCUUCUCUAACCAGCAUAAUCCUCCCAGCCAACCUCAGUUACUGCAGGAAUCUUUAAUCCGUACUACAUUUCAGGAAUCUGUUCCAAACAGCACUCAAUUGAGGCAGGCAAUGGAACUUGAUGUCCAACUUCCACAUUCAUCUUCAUUCUUGCAUUAUGAUCAGAGAUACAGAGCUUCAGAUACUCGAUACUUUGGGUCUAAGUAGAAUGGGCACGACUUGUGAUUCGUUGCUUAUUAACUGUAUUUGUUCUGUAGAGUGUGUCAAAUGCUUGGAUGUCAGGAUAUAAUCAGAAAAUAAGAUACUGAGGCAUCUUCAGCAAUUGCAUUUUUAUGCAUUUCCAAGGAUGUAAAGGCAGUUAAUGCACCGUACAAUGCAAUCAUUGUAUGGGUUCUCAUUUAUUUCCCUUUUUUUUUUUUUCCCUUUGUUAUUUCCAUUUUUUUUUUCUUUUUUUUUCUUAUUUUUGUUUCUUUCCAUUUUUUUUCUUAUGUUUGGAUAGUGUAUCUUGAGGUAGGAUUUCAUCAAAGUAUUAAAAUACCUCAUUUUUCAGUUUGUCUAGUCUCAAAAGAAAAUUUACAAGAUCUCCACGACAUCUCUAGAGGUUUUGCACCCAUUCAAAUUCCCUCGACAAAUGGCAUCAAAAGAGGUGUCAUUUAAUUUGCCAAAUCUGUCCAUUGGUUCCAUUCUCUCCCCGCCCCACCACCACCACCACCACCACCACCACCACCACCACCACCACAAUGAUCAAGCAUGCAAAGGCAGCCAUUCUCUGAUCAGGGGGUUUUGCUGCUUGAUACUGAAAUUUUUGAAAUAUCUGGAUUGAGAAUUUCAAUGGGGGAAGAAUUAGUUCUUGCCAAUGCAACCUAGAACCAAAUGAACACCGAGAGGCUCCAAAAGCUUUAAUGUAUCUCUGUUGUGUGCGAUACCAAGAUAAAAACAGCUGCCAUUGCAUGUAAUGGCAUAAUCUGCCAGAGUGAAGGGGCCAUUGCAUCCAUGGACUUGAGCUGAUUACACCACCUUAGCCUGCAUCGCUUGCCAGUGACUUUUUACCUUUCUUAUAUUUGUUGCCUUCUAAUCAUCGAAGUUUAUGACCACGUCCAUGCAUUUGAGCUUUGAGACCUUGAAAAGGGCCCUGUCUUCCCUUCCAUUUGAGAGCACGUGCAUUUAAACUCUCUCCUCUCUCUCCCUCUCUCCCCAAACUGUAUUAUGAUGUUAGGAUUUAUAAAUCCUCUAUUAAGCAUCCAAACAGAUGAUCUAUAAAUAAAUGGAUUGUGAAAGUCCCUGUUUUGGAGAUUCCUCUCACUUAAAAGUUUCCAUUUUUCUUGUUGGCAAUUUUAAAUGCGUUUUUAUAUGCUGAUGAUUUGUAGUGAGGAAAUGUUACUGGUGCUGUUCUGAUUGUUGAUAAGGUGAAAGUACUCGGCUUGCGACAGUGCAGCAGGUUCAUAUGGACCAAGCACUAGUUAUACCAAGAAACGUGGCUGAACUAGUAUGAGAUGCAGAAACACAUGAUGCGGGCAAGAGAGCAGGCCCAUUAUAUAUGCAGGAAAUUUUCACCAAUGCUUCAAGUUCAGACCCCAGUACAAUUCAGUGUUCUAUGGCAUUUUCCGAAGAAGAUUGAUCGGCUGGAAGAGGGUUAGGUUCUACUAACAGUCCACUCCAAGCUGCAGGUUGCAGGCAGAAGGAAGGCGGGAAGCAAUCCUGAGAGUGUUGCAAAUGCAGUCACGUUCCACCCCUUGGAGGGCGCCGCAGCACUCGGCACUCGGCACCGUGUUGGGUGCACCGGGCACCACAAACGGCGCGCACACGUUCAGCGCGGUCAGCUCGUUGGCGCAGGCCUGCAACUGUGCCUGAACCACCGCGGUCCGGGCCACGAGCACCGUGACCAACAGAAGCAGCACCGCAGCUCUGGAGCUCAGAGAAACUGCUGCCAUGGCCAAGCCUAGUGGUUGCAAUUUGAUUUUUUGUUAUUUCCUAUGUUGCAGUACUGCUUAGGGUAUAUGCAUGUGUGUUCAAUAUUUAUAGUGGUAGGGGCAAUGUGGUGAAGUGGGUAAGGGAGAAUUUGAGCAUGAGUGACCUAACUUGGGGACUUUGGCUCAUCACGUUUGUAUUGGCACGUCAAAUGCAUGUUAAUUGGUUGCUGCACGUAGAACUUUUCUCUUGAA